AUGACACCCUCACCAGCCUUUGCCUUUGCGGCUGUUGCCGCCCUUGUGCCGAACCUCACGCCUCUCGACACCCUCACCAGCGGGUUUGCCUCCAUUGCACGCCUGCCUCGAGGUGUGACGGUCACUGAGGGCAGCCGCGGCGGCCAGACAGACCAAGCGCCGCCGACGCUGUACGACAUGGAGGGCUGCCACUUCUGCCGACGUGUGCGAGAGGUUGCAACCGAGCUCGAUAUGGUCGUCAACCUCGUCCCGUCCGCGCGCGGCUCUCGCUCCCGCGACGCUCUCGCCGAGUACGCCGCCGCCGCCGGGAGUAAUGUGCAGGUGCCCUUCCUCCUCGACGGCGAUACUCGGCUCUUUGAGUCGGAAGAAAUCUGCCGCCACCUGAUUGCAAAGUACGGCGCAACCGUGGACGUGCCGGGCGUCGGCACCGGCUUCGUCGCCUCUGCGCUGCGCCUCGGCCGCGGGGGGCUGGUCGACAAGUCUGCUCUGCCGGCCCCGCCCGACCGGCCGCUCGUCCUCUACUCGUACGAGGGCAACCAAUUUUGCCGCCUUCUGGUAGCAUCCCACUCCCUUCUCCUUCAGGUGCUCUGCGAGCUCGACCUGCCGUACGAGCUCCGCUCCGCCGGCAAGGGCAGCCCGCGCCGCGAGGAGCUCAAAAUACUCACGGGCGGGUCGAGCCAAUGCCCCUUCUUGCUCGACCCAAAUAGCGGCGUGCAGCUGGCCGAGAGCGCCGACAUUGUCGAGUAUCUGCGGGGGCGGUACUCCCGCGGCGGCGCUUCGGUGGGCUCUUCAUGA